GUCAACUUUGCCGAGAGUUGUUUUAACACUUGCUGCCGCAACUUAACGGCUCUAUGUUCAGCCUUACUGGAGAUUUUAUCGGUCUGCGAUAUGCCCGUGUAACUGGGUGAGGGGUGAGCAGGGACAAACAAGAAUUAAUAGUUUGGAAGGUCGGACUUCCAUUAAAUUGACUUGGUUGCAGAAUUGCGCUGGUUUGCAGCAGGUGUUUUGGAAAAGGCGGAAUCCUGCGGAAGAUGUUCAGUUUGGAGCUGGCUGCUUUCUUUACCCGCACUGCCCUCGGCUGAACUGCCAAUGACUGGAAUGAACAUCGAGGCUCUGUGCUCGAGUUACACUUGUACUUGAACGAUUAUUUAACCAACUUUUUACUGUGUGUUUUUCUUAACACCUCCCUCCCCCAUGUGACCUUCGGGGUUUCGACUCCUUCUAGGGCCAAUCGGAGCUCUAGGGCGUCUUCAAGAGGGGGCUGCACCUUGGGCACAUUGCAGUGGGCGUAAGGCUCGCACGCAAAUAAAUACAGGAGCAACGCCAGCGAGAUUCCACUUCCAGAGCUGAACCUCAGUUCAACUGUCAGGAAGACAGUGAGGGAAAAGAGACCUGGGCUAAAGUGCAAGCAAAGCCGAGCACUGUUUAACGGGUCAAGCAUCUAUCCAAACUUCUUCACGUCCAUUUCAGGACUUUGCGAAGUUAACCUAGAGUAGGGUAGGAGAUUAACAGCGGUAAGAUUGUGCCGUAGUUCUGGCGCAACCUGCCCUGAUGUAUUCCAUAGAUGCGACCCGAGUCUUCGACCCAUACGUACGGGUAAUUCAGAAUGCCAAUUUUACUCAGUACAUCUGGGACAAGUCCUUGCUGCAGCCGCUGUGGGACUACCUGCGUUUCAACCAUCAGGAAGCCCUUCGCUCGCCUCUCUUUCCCGUUAUCAUCUCGGUCUCCACCUAUUUCGGCGCCUGCAUUUUCUACAUGAUGCUCGAUCUCUUGGCUCCCAGAUGCCCGGCCAUCAACAGGUACAGGAUCCACCCCGAGCAGCAUGUAACGUGGGCAAACAUCCUCAAGACACUGUGGCUUACCGGCUACAACCACAUUAUUUUUAUCUUCCCAGCAGCCGUGUGCCAGUGGUACUGGAGACCUCCGAUGCCUCUUCUGGAAGAGGCUCCACCGCUCUCCGAGUUCCUUAUAGGAAUUCUGAGCUGUACAAUUCUCUUCGACUUCCAGUAUUACUUCUGGCAUGUCAUGCACCACAAGGUGCGCUGGCUGUACACCACUUUCCACGCCAUCCAUCACGAAUAUUUGGCUCCCUUCUCCUGGUCGACGCAGUAUCUAUCUGCCUGGGAACUGAUCAGCCUUGGCUUUUGGGCCACCAUAAACCCUAUCCUCCUGCAGUGUCAUUGCCUGACAGGGUUUGCCUUCAUGGUCUUGAACGUCUGGAUCUCAGUGGAUGACCACAGCGGCUAUGACUUCCCCUGGGCGCUCCACAAUAUCAUCCCUUUCGGGCUGUGGGGCGGCACUGUGAAGCACGAUGCCCACCACCAGAAACCGCAGUAUCACUUUGCCCCUUUCUUCUCACACUGGGACUGGCUCUGUGGCACUUGCUGCGACAGCAAACACUCGCCCGCCGUUUUAGAGAUGAAAGAGAAGCGACGCAAAGCCAGUAAAAGCAAGAAAUACAUCUAGCAAGCAAAACCCCAUCACAUCAAAGCUGCACUUCUCCCGCUUAAAACCAGGCGUCAAAUGAAACCGGCUGGAAAGGACUGGCGGUGCAAUGGUAAAAAAAACUUGAGUGAUGUGACUGCAGGAAUAUUCUGACGAUAACUUUUGCAGUAUUUAUUUUGCACAUUUUUAUGUCGUAACAAUAUUCUGUUUUAACGGAGUAUCGGGGUUAUGAAGGUUUCAAUGAUCUUGUGUAUAUUCCGUGAUGUAUAUUGGAAGGAAGCCUCCGUGGUAUCAUUUCGCCCGUUUGCAAAACUUGUGCCGCAAGUAUUUAAAAGAAUAAAUAGAAUGUAUUUAAGAGGAGAUUAUGGAAUAUAGACGACAAUGUUAAUAUGUUCUUGGAAAAUGGUGAAUGUCUUCGAAUGCAAAUAAAAGUGAUCACUUUG